AUGAAAGCAUCGAUUCUCCUCGCAUGCGCAAUCGGAGUAGCCGAAGCUUUGAGCCUUGGCUCAAUUAGCGACCUUUUCGAAUCUACUAACGGGCCAAAGCGUCUCAUCAAGCUUGGACCCGACCAAUUCGAACUAGUCACUGAGGCUGACAAACUCAACUACAGAAGAGAAGGUAAGAAAUUCAUCGAUGUGACGAACCAGGUCUCGAUAGACGAGGCGAUGAAAGAAAACAUGGUUGCAACUGCUGGUAAACAGAAUUUCUUCAACUACUUCUCGAAGCAAAUUGAUGCCCUUCAGGCUCCCAUUCCACAAUACUCUUAUCCAUCCAAGACACACUAUGAUAAAUUGGUGGCAGACUUGAACAAGAAAAUCGAUUUGGAUCUUGUGAGAUCAAAUUUGGCAAAUUUCACCAGCUUUUAUACUCGCUAUUAUAAAUCUGAGACUGGUCUUGAGUCUGCAAAUUGGCUCUUCGAUAAGGUCUCCGGCAUCGUCUCAGGAAUCGAAGCUGCUUCCGUUAAGAAGAUUCAUCACGAUGGCUGGGAUCAAUAUUCUAUCGUUGUUUCUAUCCCUGGUAAGACAGAAGACAAAGUGGUCGUAGGUGCUCAUCAAGAUUCUAUCAACCUUCUUUUCCCAAACAUCUUGAGUGCUCCUGGAGCCGACGAUGAUGGUUCUGGUACGGUCACCACAUUAGAGGCACUUCGUUUGGUUGUCUCGGCUAUCGAAAAAGGGGACUUUACCCCUCACAAUACCUUAGAGUUCCAUUACUACUCUGCGGAGGAGGGCGGUCUUCUCGGCUCUAUCGACGUCUUCACUCGCUAUUUCGACAAAAAGGAGGUCGUCUUAGGAAUGCUCCAGCAAGAUAUGACUGGAUUCUCACAAGGAAUGACAGAUGCUGGUGUUGAGCACCAUUUUGGCUUGAUUUCAGACUAUACAACCCCGGGGCUCAAUGAAUUUUUGAAAUUGAUUGUGGGAGCAUACUGCUCGAUUCCAGUUCACGAAACUGAGUGUGGAUAUGCUUGUUCAGACCAUGCUUCUGCUUUAGAAAAGGGGUACCCUGCCAGCUUUUUCAUUGAGAGCGAAUUCAAAUACACUUCAAAAUUCAUCCACCUGGUGAUGGAUACUAUGGACAGAUUAGAUUUCCAGUUGAUUGAGGAGCAUGUCAAAUUGACUGUCGGCUAUGCUAUCGAGUUGGCAGGAGCCAAGAAGUUGUACUAA